AAUGCCCAGAUCUCUGCCGUGCGUCCUGGCGCAUCUCCUGCCCGGAUUUAAACGGUUUCUUUGGAGGGGUUCCGUUUUCUGAUCGCCUCCAACUGUGUUCGGAGUUAAAUGCGCUCUGGUUCUGGAUCGGGAGGUUCUGGUUGCACGGUAACUGCUCGUCCCCGGCUCGUUUGGAUCCAUGUCGGACAAAAAACCGUCCCUGCGGAGCGGCGGUUCCGCUCAGAGCCGCUUCCAGGUGGACGUGGUGACGGAGGCGUCCGGACCUGGAGCCGCGGAUGGGUCGAGGUCUGCGCCUCCACCUGACGAGUCCAAAGGCCGGUUUCGGGUGGUGGGCUUCAUGGACCCCGGCGCAGACAUAGGGCCACCGCCCGACGUUUCCCACGAGCCGGACGCGGCAAAGAGCGACUCUGUCAGCCUCCACUCCACGGGCACGGGGCAGACGCACAUCUCCGACUCGCACUCCAACACCUACUACAUGCGCACCUUCGGACACAACACCAUCGACGCGGUGCCGAACAUCGAGUUCUACCGGCAGACCGCCGCGCCUUUCGGGGAGAAACUGACCAGACCGUCGCUGGCGGAGCUGCACGAUGAACUGGA